AUGCUUAGUGUCGAGGGUAUUAAAACUAAAUCGUCAAAAAUAGAAGCAAUCGUAAACCUACCUAUACCUACAGCAGUUAGAGAGGUUAUGAUUAUUAUUUUCUAUGAGGAUAUGCGAAUGUUUGGACCUUUAAAAGAUCACCCAGAAGAUGAUUUAACCAUCAAAAAUUCCGGCUUGCCAGACUCGAACUAG